GUCAGGCGCUGGGCUGUCGCCCCCUGGAGCUUGGUGGGAUAAUGGCACGUAGAAGUGCUAGAGGCGUCCCUGGAGGUGGCUUUGGGUACUCCUGACCUAAGGAGGAUUUCUGGGGAGAGCAAUAGAGACGUGAUCUGGGCUAGAGGAGCCGGAGAGUGGGGGAGGGGGAAAAAAAAAGGAGAUCUGUAGAUUGAGUGGCUAGAGAGGUCGGAGGUAAGUGGCUGUAGAUUUCGGGCGGACCCGGAACCCAGAGGAAUCGAGACCAUGACUUAUGCUUAUCUCUUCAAGUACAUCAUCAUCGGAGACACAGGUGUGGGGAAGUCAUGUCUCCUCCUGCAGUUUACAGAUAAGCGGUUCCAGCCUGUUCACGACCUCACAAUAGGUGUGGAGUUUGGAGCUCGUAUGGUCAACAUUGAUGGAAAACAAAUCAAACUGCAAAUCUGGGAUACGGCUGGGCAAGAAUCCUUCCGUUCUAUCACCCGUUCCUACUACAGGGGAGCAGCUGGAGCACUGCUGGUGUACGACAUUACAAGGCGUGAAACCUUCAACCACCUGACCUCAUGGUUAGAGGAUGCCCGGCAGCACUCUAGUUCCAACAUGGUUAUCAUGCUCAUUGGGAAUAAGAGUUAUGAUUUAUGUCUCUUUCAGGCCUUCAUUAACACAGCCAAAGAAAUAUAUAGGAAGAUCCAGCAGGGUUUAUUUGAUGUCCACAAUGAGGCCAAUGGCAUCAAGAUUGGGCCCCAACAGUCAAUUUCAACAUCAGUGGGACCCAGUGCCUCCCAGCGGAACUCUCGUGACAUAGGGGCCAACUCUGGCUGCUGCUGAACAUCUGGCUUGAACUUUUUUUUCCUUUCUGGAAUAGCUUCAGAUCAAUAGGCUUAAUGAAAGAGGUCUUUCUUGCUUUGGCUGAGAGGAACCUCUUUUAAGGUGUGAUGUUUUGCCUUUCCUUCUAAAGACCAGGGGAGUAUUUGGGCCCUUACUGACCUGUCCUCCUUCUGGGACAUGAGCAUUCCCUAUAGAUUAGGGCUCUUCUUAUCCUCCUAUACUAAUUUCUAAAAUGUUAGGAUCAAAGCUGGUUAUCACAGUAGUUAAAAAAUAAAUAAUUUCAUAAGCAUAUACAAUCCACUCCCCACUAAGAAUUAGGGUCAAGGACAUUCUGCUUGAACACUUACAGUUACCAGGAUCUGGUUGGCCUUUGGAUGAUAGAUCCUCUGCCUAGGAAUUUCAUUUAGCUUUUAAAUUCCUUGCCUUUGGGGGUCUACUUGCCACUUCCUAAGAAUUCUUGUAGAAGGUGGUUCCUUCUACUUGGACAAGAACACUGAGUUCUUCUCUACUAUCCUAUUGUUAGCUUCUAUCUCUUAGCGUAACUUCAAAACUUUUGAAAGCAGUGGAGUUGGUCAGGGACAUGUGACCACUUAUUACUUAAAGAAAAUAUUUGUUCCCUGUUCAUUUUAUUUUAGGGACCAGAUCUAACAUUAUAGUGUCUUUUACCAGACAGACUUCUAUUGUUUCAUCAAACUCACUUCUUAACUAGACCUAGACUUUCUACUCCAAUCAAGCUAAUCUACUUACUGAACGUGACAUAUUUAUUCCUAGUUUCAUACCUUUGCACAUGCCCUGCUCUCCACUAACUAUAUACUUAAAAGUUCAAAAAUUUUUUCUUUUGUAACAGACUUAGGGACUUCUAAGCAAUUAUUAACACAAUAUCCCUUAGUUUUCAUAUGUUGGUUAUUCAUAUGUAUAUUUAUAUGCAUAUUUAUUUUUAUGUAUGUUACUAUGUAAAUAUGUUUUGCAAUUGUUUUUGUGUGGAAUCUUGUCUUUCCAUAUAAGUUGUAAGCUCCUUGAGAGCAGGAUCUGUGUCAUUCCUUUAUUUUUAUAAAUCACUCCCUCCACCAUUCCUGUACCUAGUGUUACUCAUUAUGUGUUCAUUGAAUUUGACUGACAUACUUAAAAACUUAAGGUUUAUUUUGUACUUUAAAGGAAACAAAAGACUUUAGAGUUAUCUCUUUGUAAUUCUGCCCCUCUCAUUUGUUUACUCUGGGGUUCUAUACUGUUCUUUUCCUUCCCCUCUCCCACCUCUCCGACCUCUCCUUGUCUCUUUGCCUUCAUGCCAUGCAGCAUACAGUAAGGCUGCCUGCUACCAAGCAGUCAGAUAAGUGCGCGCCUAUCCAGCCAUUCUCUUUUCAGAGCACUUAAUACUAUCUUAGCCAAAUUUGCCUUUGCUUCACUCAUCAUGCAGCCUUCUGGGUCAGUUGCUAUAUAUAUCUUUUUUUGCUUGAUGUCCCAUUCUCUUCCACAGCUCUGAGGUCUCAUGAAUUUUUCUGCUUUCUUUUUGCUGUCGAUGAAUUGUUUCAUUAUUAAAUAUAUGCAUGUAUUAAAGCU